CUUUAAUUUGUCCGCAUGAUUCAGAUUCGGCAGUGAUCGGAGCUGCCAUGGAACGUAUCAUCGGCGGCAAGUACAAGCUCGGACGGAAGAUUGGCAGUGGUUCCUUCGGAGAGAUUUUUCUUGCUACACACGUCGAUACUUUCGAAGUCGUAGCUGUUAAGAUCGAGAACAGUAAGACAAAGCAUCCUCAACUUCUCUAUGAAGCCAAGCUAUACAGAAUUCUUGAAGGAGGAAUUGGAGUUCCGCGGAUAAGAUGGUUUGGAGUGGAUGGAACGGAAAAUGCGUUAGUGAUGGAUUUGCUAGGGCCAAGCCUUGAAGAUCUGUUCGUGUAUUGUGGGAGGAAAUUCUCACCAAAGACGGUUUUAAUGUUGGCUGAUGAAAUGCUGACAAGAAUAGAAUAUGUACAUUCCAAAGGAUAUCUACAUAGAGAUAUAAAACCAGAUAACUUUCUCAUGGGCCUAGGCCGGAAAGCGAAUCAGGUUUAUCUAAUUGACUUUGGACUUGCCAAAAGAUAUCGUGAUGCCAGCACCAACCGCCACAUCCCUUACAGGGAAAACAAGAAUUUAACAGGAACAGCACGAUAUGCAAGCUGCAAUACACAUAUUGGAAUUGAGCAGAGUCGGAGGGAUGACCUAGAGUCUCUUGGAUAUGUGCUUCUGUAUUUCUUAAGAGGAAGUCUUCCAUGGCAGGGUCUUAAAGCUGUUGACAAGAAACAAAAAUAUGAAAAAAUUCGUGAGAAGAAGAUAUCAACCCCUAUUGAGGUUCUAUGCAAAGAUCACCCGGUGGACUUUGCUUCAUAUUUUCAUUAUUGCCACACACUGACAUUUGAUCAGCGCCCUGAUUAUGGAUUCUUGAGGCGGCUUUUUCGUGAUUUAUUCUCACGGGAAGGAUAUGAGUUUGACUAUAUAUUUGACUGGACUAUAAUAAAGUAUCAGCAAGCUCAGAAAACCAGAAAUCAGUCUCGGGCAGUUCCAGGGUCUAGCAAUGGUCGUGCAAUGCCGAUGGACACAAGUAAUCAUCGAGGAGGAACACAUGAAGUCAAAGUCUCUGACCGUGUCAGACCAGCUAAUGCCAUUGGCCCAAGUGCACAUAUACACAGUAAUACUGCUACAGGGAGGAGUCAGGAUUUUGAUCAACCGGUGCACAAGAAUAUGAACAAGCCACCAACUUCAUUAUCUCCUGCGGGUACCUCAAAAAGAAACGUUGGACCCGAAACCUCAAAAUCGGGGUAUGGGAAUGGGAAUAGAACCGAUGGCUGGACUUCAUCAUUUCCUGGGAAAUAAUGCAAAAAAAAAAUUGUAGUUUUUAUUCUACUGAGAUUUCUGCAGUGGGGAAGCUCUAGACGAGGUUGAAGAUCUGAAUGGAGCUUUUCCAUGAACAGCUUACUGUUUCACACAAAGGCAUGACGUUUAUGUUUACUAUUCCCCCAAAUACUGACUUCACCUUUGUAUAAAAAGUUUGCAACCGGACGUGUAAUUUGGUUCUUUUGAUUCAUUCUCGCCAGUUCUGUUUUAACUUACUCUGUUCGUAUUCCUUUGUAGUUCCCUGAGUUGGGGGCAUAACUUGGUUUGUUGCUUGAUCAACAUUCUUUGCAGAAAAUCAAGAGACAAGCAUGAGCAGAGAUGUCUUCAAAGGCUCAGUCAAGAGUUUGCUAGUGGCAGGGACAGGUCAGUAUCAAGCGAUGCGCAUACUCAACGAUUAAAUGGUGGACUUCACCAUCAUUUAUGUCCGCAGCUAACGCGAAGUGCUGAUGGUUUCUUAACUGGUUAUUGCAAAAUGCCAAGAUUCUAACAGGUUUAAAGAUGUUUGGUUCCGGUAUGCUACUUGGAGAAACAACUGUAGUAAAUUGCCUCUCCCUUUUUUUUUUCUUUUCUCUCUGAAUUUCCAAAUCGAUUGUAUUGGAUUCUGUGUUUGAUUUUUCUUAUUUGA